GCGCUCUGCUUCCUGCCUGGCGGAGGGAGGGACGGUGCUGAAGGCUGGGAGGUCGAGUCAAACGACAAGAAAGCUUUAGAAAAAGACAGAAAAGAAGGAAAAGGGCCCGGGGUUCUACUUUCCGUCGGCAUUAAAACUUUAGCUCGCCACCGUUCAGCGACCCAAUCUAAUGCAAUGUCGUCCAGUCGUCAGCAUAGCGAGAGCAGGGCCAUUCCGACCAGGACGGUGCUGAUCGACGACUCAACGCAGCUACCUCACGAUUAUUGCACCACUCCUGGAGGCACUUUAUUUUCAACUACCCCGGGCGGCACCCGGAUCAUCUAUGACCGUAAGUUCCUGUUAGACCGGCGCAAUUCCCCUAUAGCCCAGACUCCACCAGCACACCUGCCCGUCAUCCCUGGAGUGACGAGCCAAAACAUCCUGAAUGAGAACAAAAGGAAUGAAGCUAAUAACAUCAAUAACCAUGAUGGCAAACCAGGAACAGGUGAAGAUGCUCAGUUUGAGAUGGACAUCUGAAGAAGAGGAACCAACAUGAUGAGCGAAUAAUGAUCUGGCGUCCACGUGCCAGUGGCUUGGCUUGUAGAAAACACUGUUGUGAGCCCUCUCCUUUAGCUCUCUCUAGCUGUUGGUUGCUAAAUAAUCAUGGGGAUAGUCAACUCCUGUUGGCCCACUGGGCUGCUGGCUCCCUGAAAGUUAACAAAUGAUUGAUUUUGUUUGGUUAGGUUUCAGGUCUACCAACAGUUGUACAGGCUUUGGCUACCCAGCAACGGAAAUGUCUGUAUUUAAGUGCCCAAAUAUAAAAAUUAAUGUAAACAGAUUCACUUGCAAAACAGCCACCAAGAGAUUUCUUCAUGUUAAUUUAGUGCUGCUUUCACAGGAAGAUAAAUGAUCCAAAAUGCUCAGUGGUUGUCUGUCAU